AUGUAUGAAAAAGUUAAAGUCGCAGUCCGUCUACGUCCUUUACUAGAUGAAGAAUUGCUAACCAAGGAUAAAUCUGUUUGCGUUGAUUCCAUUGACACUUCUAAAAAAUCAAUUAUAAUUAAAAAGGACUUUGAAAAAAGGCAAUUUCACUUUGACGCUGUAUUCGAUCCCAAAGUUACUCAAAGUUAAGUUUACAAUGACGUAGCCAGAAACAUCGUUGCAAGUGUGAUCAAAGGUUAUAAUGGAACCAUAUUUUGUUAUGGCCAAACAGGAACUGGUAAGACAUACACUAUCAUGGGAAAAAUUGAUACUGAAGAAAAGGGAAUCACUCCACGUACAUUUGAAUAAAUAUUUCAUGACAUCUCACUUGAUGAUGAGUAUACCUAUAAUGUACAAAUGGGAUAUUUGCAAAUAUACAUGGAAAUGUUGUUAGAUUUAAUAAGGCCUGAUAAUUCUGAAGUCAAAAUUAGAGAAUCACUCCAUCAAGGAGUAUUUAUAUCCGGUUUGGAAUGGCUUAAGGUUGCCUCCCCAUAAGAGUGUUUGAAGAUCAUCAAUUUAGCAGAGAAGAAUAAGGUUGUUGCCUUUACUAAUCUCAAUGCUCACUCCUCAAGAUCUCACUCAAUUUUAAUUAUUAAAUUAGAAAAGCAAUCUUAAAGGUAGCAUUCCAAAUCAAUUACCAUAUUCUAGAAAUCUCAUAAAUAAAAAACUAAUCUUUCAUAAGAUAUUACAUUUGAAUAGUUAGAUUUGAAUAAUAAUAACAAUGGUGGUACUUUAUAUUUAGUAGAUUUGGCUGGUAGUGAAAGAAUAAAGAAGUCAAAAGCCUCAGGAGAUAGAUUGAAUGAAGCUCGAUCAAUAAAUUGUUCUCUAACAGCUUUGGGAAAAUGCAUUCAUGCUUUAACUGGCCCCAAAAAUUCCUUCAUUCCAUUUAGAGAUUCCAAACUAACAAGAAUUCUAUAGGAAGCAUUGGGAGGUAAUUGUAAGACUGCCUUAAUUGUAAAUAUUGGGCCAGCAGGGAAACAUGUUGAAGAAACUCUUUCAAGUCUCACUUUCGGAAUGAGGGCAAUGAAAAUUACGAAUACGAUAUAGAUUAAUUAGACUGUUGACUUUGAAUAACUUGUACAAUAACUAAAAGUAGAGUUAUAAAUGAAAGAUGAAAUCAUAUCAAAAUUAGAGACACAAAAGUCAAGAGCAAACCAUUCAGAUAACUAGGUGAGUAAUUCAGAAAAUCAAUAUAAAAUUAAAUUGGAGAAAGUAGAGGAACAACACAAAGGAUUUCUAGAAGAAAUUGAUAAAGUGAUGGUUGAGUAAGAACAAGAAAAUGAAUAAUUGAAAAAGUAAUUGGCUUAAUUCAUGAUUGAAUUUGAGGAGUCCAAGAGUAGAGAGAAGUUUCUACAAUAGGAGAAUCUAAUCUUAACUCAAAAGUUAAAUAAAUUAGAUAUUGAACUAUCAAAGGCUCAAUCCAGUGUAAUUAUUUUCUUAUUUCAAUUCUAGAAUGUAAAUCUAAGAAAUUAAGUACAGCAAUCUAAAGAAUUAGCUAAAGAUCAACAACUAUAAGAAAUCACAUUUAGGAAUUGCCCUCUAAUUUAGGUGAGUAGGGAAAAAUAGAAUUAAAAAUGGAGAUCUGAAUUAUAAUAAAUUACUUCAUAAUAUGCUAACAGAUUGGAAGAAGUUAAAAGAUUUGAAAUGCAUCAUUCAGGAAAAGAGAAUGAAAAUAUGCAACACGAAAAAUAACAAAUUGAUGACUUAACAUCCUAAAUUAAAUAACUCAAAUUUGAUUCCACAAUAAACCUAGACAAGCAAUCAAAAUAAAACUUAAUCAUCAACUAACUUAAUUAGUAAAUAUUGAAAUUAAACUAAUAAAGAGAAUCUGAUAAUUUUCAUUCACUAGAAUAAAUUAAAUAAUUAGAAAGCGAGAAAUUUGAAAUCUCAUUUUUAUUAGAACAAUCAGAAAAUAAAUCAAAUGAAUUGCUUUAAAAAUUAGAAUUAAGUGAACUAUAUUAUAAGUAAAUAUUAGAUGUCAACUCAUAAAAUUAUCAUAAAUUACAAGAAGAAAACUUUUGUUUAAAGCAAUAAAUACAGAUAAUCUAAGAAUAGUUUGAUAAUCUUCAAAAAAUCUAACAAUAGUAGUUCUAAUAAUAUAAUUAUGAGAAAUAAGUACUAAAACAAUAAAAUGAUGAGUAUCAAUUGAAACUCUAAUAGGUUGUUAUAAAUAACAAGGAUUUGCAGUUACAAUCCAAAUUAGAAAGGAGUAGCAUGCAAUCAUUUGACAACAAAUCAUUGAAAAUCGAUUUUCUAAAUACUUAAUUGCAAUCUAAUGAAUAAAACUUUGAUAUCGAAUUAAAGAAAUCUAUAACUGUAUCAGGAUAAAAUGAAGGAUAAAUUGUGAUUGAAAUGUAAAUAAGAAUUCAAUAACUUGAAGAUUAUAUAGAAAAUUUAUAAAAUCAAAUUCAGUAAAGAGAUUUACAAGAAUAGACUAUUUGUUAAGCAACAGUAAAGAGUUUAUUAGAAGAACUUGUUAAUUAAGUUGAACAAAAUAUAUUGAUUACAAACAACACACAUUAAAAGAUUUCUGACAAUGAUUAGAUAUUCGAAAAUGGAGAACAAUCUUACAAUAAAUAGAAUAUACAGUAAUUAGUUUAAAGCCUGCUAAUUGAUUCUAGAUAACAAGAUUAGUACAUUACAGAGUGUGAGGAAUUUAGUGAUUCAGAGAUUGAAUUUUAGCUAAAGAAUUUCGAAUAAUAAGAGUAGCAAAAUCAAAGUUAAUUGGAUGAUUGCAAUCACAAAUUACAACCAGCAUUUUCCUUUAGUUAAGAAUAAAAAAGAGUAGAUCAACCGCGUUCUCAAAAUAAUUCAAUCCGCAUUUAAAAUUAACAAAAAUUCAAAAUAAAAGAAUCUUAAUUUGAAGCAAACGAAAUUAAUUGCUAGAUUGAUUACAAUGAAUCCUUUGAACAGGGUAUUUUAGAUAAAUAAGUAGAUUCCAGUUUAAGUUUAUAAAAUCAAAAUAAAAAUUAUGAUCAACUUGGGGAAGUCAUAGAGAGGAAGCAAUAAAAUGAAAUGAAAUCUAAAUAAACUAAAAAAAUUGAAAAAGAGAAUUUAUACUAAGUAAUUAAAUAUAUGUCUUAAUUGCUCAAGGAUCAAAAUAAAAAGGAAUGCAACACAUUGGAUACCUUAAGAUCAUCGAUGCUUGAUUUUAAUAACCUAUGUAAUACUUUAACAACUUACUUUUCAUGA